AAAGCGAAACUAAUUAAUCUGAGCCAAUCCUUCUUUCUAGAAGCUCUUUUUUAAAGCUAGACCACGCUAAUCUUGGCCCCGGGAAUCAAAGAACCCCAGGUGUGGAUCUGGGCGAGUAAGAGAGAGAUUAAAGUGAAAGAGGAGAGAGAAGAGAAGAGCAAUGCCACACGCCAUUCUUGAUUUACAGCAAGGCUGCUCUAAUCUGUUCCUUACCCUGUCAACGACCCAGCUGCCGAGAGGAACCUGGCAGCAGUGAAAUAUCUAACGGAAAGGAUGGGAGGGAAGGACUCUUCUGAGCCCAACCUGGGAAAAGGCCCUUCCCUCAUUCAGGCCAAGCCUAGUGGAGCAUUGGAGGAGAGAGCCACACAGAAGAGCCUGCCGGAGGAAGUGCUCUCUUCAGAUUUACUGCGCCAACAAUUCAGGGAGUUUAGCUACAGGGAGACGUUGGGACCUCAGGAGGUUUGCAGCCAGCUGCACCUUCUCUGCCGCCAGUGGCUCCGGCCAGAAAGACACACCAAGGCGGAGAUGUUGGACUUGGUGGUCUUUGAGCAGUUCCUGGCUCUCCUUCCGCCUGAGAUGUCGUCCUGGGUGAGAGAAUGUGGGGCAGAGACCAGUUCCCAGGCGGUGGCCCUGGCAGAAGGCUUCCUCCUGAGUCAGGCCGAGAAGAGGCAGGAAGAGGAGCAGAAUUUCUUUCCGGAAAGGAUCCCUGAGGGUGAGCAGUCAAAGGCAGCAGCCAGUCAAGGGCAGCAGCCAAGGUGGAUGAUGCGGGAUGGAGAAGGAAAGUCUCCCUCAAUGAAAGAGGGAACAAGGACUGGGUCUACACGUAUCGGUGCAUCUCUUCCUCAUGAUGAACAGAUGACUUUUGAAGAGGUGGCUGUGGAUUUCACGGAAGAAGAGUGGGCUCUGUUGGACUCAGGCCAAAGGGCCCUUCAUCAGAAGGUGAUGGAGGAGAAUUUGGAAAUCCUGUUCUCUCUGGGAAGAAAUUCUGGAAACAAUUCCUCGUUAAGGUCCCAACUUCUGACUGAUCAAAGAACCAAAACAGCAGAAAAAUCACCUAAGCGUUUGAAGGGUAACAAUAGAUUCAGUCAAAAGGCAUUUCUCUCCCGUUACCAAUCAGAUCACACAAGGAAGAAACUAUUUCAUUGUUGGGUCUGCAGAAAAGGUUUCAUUUCCAAGAAUAACCUCCUUUGUCACCAAAUAACUCACACUGGAGGGAAACCAUUUAAAUGUGCAGAGUGUGGGAAAAGUUUCAGAAGGAAGUUAUACUUGACUUGUCAUCAAGUAACACACACAAGGGAGAUGAGGUUUAAACGACCGGAGUGUGGAAAAGGGUUUAUUCAGAAGGCACACCACACACAGCAUCAAGCAACCCACAAGGGGAAGAAACCACCCAAUGCGCGGAGUGUGGAAAAAUUUUCACUCAGAAGACAUCCCUCACUCGGCAUCAAGCAACCGUUCAAAUGCCUGGAGUGUGGGAAAAGCUUCACUUCGAAGAAAUCCCUCACUUGGCAUCAAGCCAAUCACAAUGGGAAGAAACCACACAAAUGCCUGGAGUGUGGAAAAGUCUUUAUUUGGAAGGCAGACCUCACUCGUCAUGAAACAACUCACACUGGGAAGAAACCUUUCAAAUGCCUGGAGUGUGGGAAAAGCUUCACUUCGAAGAAAUCCCUCACUUGGCAUCAAGCCAAUCACAAUGGGAUAAAACCACACAAAUGCCUGGAGUGUGGAAAAAGCUUUAUUUGGAAGUCACACCUCACUCAGCAUCAAGCAACUCACACUGGGGAGAAACCAUUCAAAUGCCUUGAGUGUGGAAAAGGCUUUAUUUGGAAGUCACACCUCACUCGGCAUCAAGGAACUCACACUGGGGAGAAACCAUUCAAAUGCCUGGAGUGUGGAAAAAGCUUUAAUCAGAAGGGAGACCUCAAACGGCAUCAAGCAACUCACACUGGGAAGAAACCACACAAAUGCCUGGAGUGUGGAAAAGGCUUUAUUUGGAAGGCAGACCUCACUCGGCAUCAAGCCACUCACAAUGGGAAGAAGCCAUUUAAAUGCCUGGAGUGUGGGAAAGGUUUCCGUCGGAAGGCAAAUCUUGGUCGUCAUCAAGCAACUUACAGAAGGCAGAAGCAGUUGAAGGUCUUACAUGACAUUAAAAAUCCAUAGCGAUGAGAAACCAUUGAUAUAUUUAGUGCCUGAAAAGUGUUUCAUUAAUGACUGUUACAGAACACCUUCUAUGCAAGAAUACAUAGAGAAUAAAUGGUUUAGAGUA